AUGCAUCAGUACCUUGAUCGACCAGAAUAUCUUCAACACUUUCGACUCGAUAAUCCAUUCAUGGAAACUUGUAUGCCACAGUACACACAUGUCGGAGAUGUAGAGGUCCCCCUCUCAGCAGUUUUUGAGAGUCGAGUUCAGGAUUUUACCCUUGAUGUUCUCUCGCCAUUUACAAUGCACGCCAUUGGUAUCAUCAAGCUGUCAUUAGAGCCAUCUUCAGCAAGAGCUCCUUCAAAUACCUUGAAAUUCAAUGUUGUUAUGCAUGAAAUGAUCGGAUUUGCUGAGCGGGAAGGAACAGAAGUUCAUGGUCAAUUGUUCAUACCUCCCGCUUCCAAUGAAAGUGGUGUUACAACAACUCAGAUGAUUAAGGAUUUUGAUGAAGGUCCAAUUCGAUUCGAAAGUGUUCAUAGUAUGAGUGUUCCGAUGUUUGGCCCCACAGAUGUUUCUCUCCGUGUGGCUAUCUUUGCCAAAGUUUCAUCAAUGCAUCUGGACAAACUUUUGAGUUGGGAUGAUAUGCGAGAUAAUGUCCCACAGCUUAAAAAGAAGCGUAAAGGCGCUCGUAUAGCGGAGUCACAAUUCUAUUCUGAAGAAAAGCAUGAUGUAUUUGUCAAAGUUCAAAUACUGGAACUAGCAGAAAAUGGUGAUUAUCCUCCUGUUGAAGUGAUCCAAACGAGCGAGCUUGACCAAGGAACCUUCCAACUUCAUCAAGGUUUACAACGUAGGAUUGUUGUCAAUUUGACACAUAAUUCAGGUGAUGCUUUACCUUGGUCAGACGUCACUGGUUUACGUGUCGGAAGAAUUCAACUCGUUGAUCAUAUUGGGAAAAGUCCAGACCUCAGCUCUUCUUCUACUCCGCCUCUUCAUCUUAGAUUACUUUCCAAACCCAUUGUCAAAGCUAAUGCAAACGGCACUAGCAAUGUUACCAUUGUUGGAAAAUGGGAUUCUAGUGCCCAUGAGUCUUUGCUCCUUGAUCGAGUCACAGCAGAUAAAUACAAAGUUCAAAUGUCCCUUGCAUGGGAUGUAAGGUCUGGCAAACUAUCCCGUCCAAUGACUUUCAACAUGGACGUUUGCUCUCAAAUAAUGGCACGUAAUUAUGUCCGCUCUACAUCGAUGUUUGCAUCAUUAUUUCAAAGCGUUCGAAUCGUUCAUUCUAUGACUGGUAUUUACUCUAUAACAGUUCGUCCAAUAGCCGUGAAAAGAGCCGGUGAUUUGUGGAGGAUGAAUACAUCGGAAGAUUAUGUAAAGGGUGAAGAAGCUCUUACGAAUUGGACACCUAGAGGUGUUAGCUUGGUUAAAGAUUUUAUCGCAGCAAGAAGAAGGAAGCAAAGAUUGGCAGAGUUGGACGCAGCGCAGCCAUUACUGAAUCGCAUUGCAUCGCUACCAUUGCCAAAACCAAUAUCGGCUCCAUCAAUCCCACCGGUUACCGACCGAGACCCAGCUGAAAUACCACUUCCAGCAAGUCCUCCGGCUACAGAUGGAGAAUUUCCACUGUCAAUAGAUGAGGCUUUCACGUCACCCAUGAACGGAGAUAUUGCACCCACAAACGGAGACGUUCUAUGCAAAGAUGAGAUCAUAGAAAAUGUUGAAGUCUCAAUAGACGUGGAUUCCAUUCCUCACGAUGAAAGCAAAGAACAACAACCCCAAACUCGAUCCGAAUACAAUCCUCACCAAAUCGCUCUUCUCCAAAAAUUUAUUAAAUUAUUCCAUCUGUGUCGCGACCCAUCAACCACCAUCCUUACACCCACUAAUGUCGAACCACCUAUAAAUGGUUCUCCAGCCCCGUCUCUCUUACACACAUCCUCUUUCAUAUCCAAUACAUCCCGCUCAGUCUCUCCUCGACCAUUAAAUUUCUCAAUUCACUUCACCCUUCGACUGCCAAUUCACGUCAAAACUCUCGAUCUCGUCGAACAUCUAGAUCUCGUCAAACAUCUUCUGCUCCCCACGCCCAUCCUAAUCCUCUUAUACCCCAACAUCUCGCCACUGUAUCUCAAAUCAAGAAAAAUCCUACUCUAA